CCUGGUUUCAACCCCUUUCCGCUUCGUGGUAUUGACGGCAGGAUCGACUGUGUUCUUUGACAAGUUUUGCCGAGUCAGAACUUGCUCUCAUCAAAUGUCCCAGCAGGAGGUUGCGUGGCCUGUGGAUCUUGGGCGCGUGGUGACAGUUCACUUCAAUCCCUCUGUGCACUGUGAAGCCGACGCCGACAGCCCAGCACCGAACCCCACCUUUCCCGAAUGCGGCCGAUUUCAGGGACCGGGCGGCCGGAUCGGCAGGUGGGGCCCCACCAAUGUCUCGGCUUGUUAG